AGGCCUUUUCAAUCCGACAUCCCAAACCAACUAUUACUCGUCUCGCCCCAAGAUGUCCAGGAAACCGGUUAAAGGCGAGUAUAUCGAAACCGAUACAGGGAACAAGGUCUCGAGGAAGGCCAUCCUGAUCGGAACCCAGCACAUCAUGCUAGGCGGCAAGACCAUCAUCCAGGCCGAAGCCAUGAUUCGCGGCGAUCUAGCGAGGACCGGGCAAGCUGUAUCAGGCUCAGCCGCCGCUCCUGGUAGCAAUACGGCCGUGGCUAUCGGUCGCUACUGUUAUCUGAGCAAAGGAUGCUGUUUGCGCCCUCCAGGUCGCAUAUACAAAGGAUCCUUCACCUUCCUCCCCCUCCGAUUAGGCGACCACGUUUUUAUCGGCGAGGGCACCGUCGUCCAAGCAGCAACCGUCGGCAGCCACGUCUACAUCGGCCAGAACGUCGUCGUUGGCGAAUUUUCUAUCAUUAAAGACUACGUCCGUGUCCUCGAAGGCACCGUUAUACCCCCAAACAUGGUCAUACCAAGUUUCAGCAUCGUUGCCGGCCAACCAGCCCGAGUUAUCGGCGAGGUGCCCGAAGGCGGCCACGAGGCAUUCGAGCUCCGAGAGCUGUACAAGACAGUCGGGAAUAAUCCACAGCCGCUACCUGUCUAAUUUACAAUUGCCAUUGGUGCGAUGUGCGCUCUUAUAUCCCUACACUCGUUGGUUGGAUAUAACCAAAAUGCUCAAGCAUCACGGCCAGGCCGACCCAGUUACAAUCGCGUAUCAGGACUACUUUCAUGACGUAUCGAAUCAAUCAUCGUCAAUGCUAAUCGUCAAUGCUAAUCGGCGUGUCGCUCCAAUCCUAGAUCGGAAUCGAAUCGGUCAUAUGCCAUUUCAGUCCUCUGACCUGAAGGUAACAUCUACUUGAAACGCAUGCGCUCCUUGGCCACAUUGUGUAGAGGGAACUCACCAGAUUUCAUGGCUUGCAUUACGCGCUACUCUCAAUAUAACCCCGAACUCACCCCCUUCACCAACGAAGAGGGCUAACGGGUUAGAUAUGAUAUAUGAGACAUGAGGACUAAUAAAUACCCGCACCGCGCUAUCAUGGAUAAACAAGGUGCUGGAUUUCUUCCGGUGAGUAGCGAACCAGGUCAAUAGCAAGUAUCGCAGCUAAGAUUAGCAACGCUUAGGAUAUCUAGGAGACGUUUGUUGAGGUCGUCACCUGUUCAUGAAUAUUGAUUUCGGUCGUAAGAGAAACUUGGUGUCGAGGUGAAGGUUUCAAAUAUGUUCUCUACGGCCUACAACUGAUAGUCAUAUCAUAUUUUUAGGGUUAGUUAGGGUUAAGUUAGGG